AUGGGCACUGCUCACUCCCAACACUCUGCCUCCGUCCGAGUCUCUCCCGUCUGUGGUUACUCAAAACACACGGUAAACACUGGAACAAAGCCCAUCACCAUCCAUAGUGAGGGACCAAGUACUGAGGGUAUCCGUGUCACCACGGGCUCUGAGCCUCACCUAGCUUCCGCGUCAGUUCGUUCAAUUUACAAGCAAGCUGGAAAUAAUUUGAACAGUAGGUGGAACAGUCGAAGGAAGGACUUUGUUUCCAGAAGCGGGAUAAGUCGUUUGAGCGUAAAUGGGGGUAUCCAUGACUGUGCUCCUUCGGACAGCAGUGCAUGGAUUAGAAGUUCUUCAAAGGAGAAAGUGGGCCCUCGGACGCUGAAGCAGACAUCACACAACUCCACUAACUCCUCUUACAUAGCUGAUUGCAGUCCAGACAGAAGCGCUGCGGUGCAGAGUGACUUAAAUGUCUCAGGUCGGAACAGUUUCGUUGUUGUGAACGAGCCCCAAGUGAGGCUAGGUACGAACCGCCUCUCCUCCACAGGCGACACCUUCAGUGUCAACGGAUACCUGAAUACCUUUCAAUCGCAUUCUCGGUGUGACCUGCUGGACUAUGGGGACAAGGGAUCUAACCUCUCCGAAGUGGAUUCAGCCUCUUCACGACUGGUCCAACGUCGCCACCUCUCGGAGCUCUGCCUUCAUUUAGAUGGUUUGAAUAAUGGGAACAAUAACAACAAUCACCAUAUCCCAACCACACUCCGAUCCCCACGAAAAUCACAUCCUCCUUUAGCUCAGUGUUUGAUACCGACUUACGACUUCGGUACACAAACCUCCGACGUCGGGCCGUUCAUCAGGAUGGCAACCACCACCACAUCCAUGUAUGUACCCAAGUCAAAGGCCAAAUCGCCCUCCUGCCAUGUCACACCUGCGCACUCUGUCCACUGUACCAAUCAACUCGUUGCACCGCAUCCCUCUCGCUCCCCCCUCAGCAGCGAAGCAGAACUUCUCAGUCCAGAGGAUGACGAGGGUGAUGACGCCCUAAACAACUGUCACGACUACGCAAAUCUUCCCCAAUCACGGUCACGGUCAGUCAAAAUCCAUAAGAAACAACAGCAACAGCUACCACCUGCAGGAAUCAAGACGAAGGCAGAAGAGACCUACGUAGAUACAGGGAGGAUACCGCUGCCCAGUCGGCGUCUUUCGAAAUCUCGCUGGCGACUUAUGUCACGAGGCAAAAAUUUGACAAAGUCAUUAUCUUGCUACGCUCUUAAAUUUUUUGGUCAACAAAACCGAAGUUAUGAGGCUUCAGACCAGCCGCUGGUCGGCCCCAGUCGGUGCGUCCUCCCGAUGCCUAACCACCGCCCUCUACCGCCAUCGCGGCCCCCCACUCUGGCCAUGCUGAAGAGGGGCAGAGCAGACGGGUUGAUGAUGCAGAGGGACACCCCUGAUCCAUCCUCUGAUGACCUUGGACAAACCCUCCAGCGAGUCCUUCGUCUCGGUCAAUCCGAAGACAAGGAGAGCGCUCCCAGACUAUCGAACAUUGUCUCUCUCCAAGCUAAGAUGAACCGCAGUUUGAGUGCAUUCGGGAACCAGGAAUCAGUGCGUCAGCGACGCCAUGCAGUUAGACGAUCGACCUUCCAGCACUCAAUCAAAGAUGGUUCGAGGCGGGAUAAACUGCAAAUACUCCAGACCACUAGCACCAAGGAAUUGCUCCAUUGUCUUUCCAUUUUUAUUCUCCAGCACUGUGAUAAUUUGUGUGAGCCUAAUGCGGUAGACUCUCCACUCUAUCCUGAGGAAAUAAUCGCCUGGAUUCGAGAUAUUGAUAGAGCGUUGAUACAACAGGGCUGGACGGACGUUCCCUUUCUCAGUCCAGCAAACGUGGUCUUUCUCUUCAUUAUGAUCAAAGGCUUUGUGGAUUCCAGCAUAACCUGCAGUCGGGAACUGCACUCCCUCGUUAUGGUCUGUCUCUACCUCUCUUAUGGGUACAUGGGAAACGAGAUCAGUUACCCACUCAAGCCCUUUCUCAACGCAGAAAUCCUCUACAGCAUGCUACACGAGAACGAGUCGCAGAGAUUUCGCAACAUAAGCACCACCGAUGCGAUGUCAUCAAGGAAUCCAAAAGUGGUUAAUCGCUUUCGAGACGCCUUUUGGGAGACGUGUGUGCGCGUUUUGAAGUGCAAAAGUAAGGAAAUGCUCCAACUCAAUUCAGACGCUAUUUUCUUUACCCAAAGCAUCGCCGAGUUGCGUUCUUACGCCAAUUCACCGGAACAGAAACCGACUACUCCAUCGGCCUAA